CUUAACACAGUCCUUGGUGUCUGUACAUAUGCACCGUAAAGUCCAUGCCAGUAAAGACAAAAUGGAAACUUUGCUGCAACAGCUGACGCGUGGUAACGCUCUGUUCCUCAUCAUUAUUUUGGGAAUCGGUGGAAGCUUUCAUGCUGGCUAUCACAUUACUGAACUGAGUUCUCCCUCACCGUACAUACAGCGCUUCAUUAACAGCAGCUGGUACAACAGAUAUGAAGAGCCCCCACCUCCACAGACAAUCACGAUGAUCUGGUCCCUUAUCGUUUCCAUGUACGCUGUCGGGGGUCUCUUUGGUACAAUAAGUGUCACAUUUGUCUCAGGCAUGCUGGGAAGAAAAAAAGCAAUGAUCUGCAACAGCUCGAUUGCCAUUGUUGCAGCAGGGAUCAUGAUGACAAGUAAAUACGCCAGAUCAUAUGAAAUGAUUAUUGUGGCAAGGAUCCUGUAUGGUUACACAGCAGGUUUGGGACUGAGCACCCAUUUAAUGUACCUGGGAGAGAUUUCACCCAGAAAGUUCAGAGGUAUAGUGACUCUGACUUCAGUGACUUUCGCGUCACUCGGCAAACUGUCUGGACAGUUUUUUGGACUCAGCGAGAUUCUUGGCCGUGAGGAGCUGUGGAACAUUGUCCUCUGUGUCCCUGCAUUUUUCUCAGUUGUUCAGGUUAUAGUGUUGCCUUUUCUUCCUGAGGCUCCCAGAUACUUAUUCAUAGAGAAAGGUGAUGAUAUGGCUUGCAAAAAAGCUCUCCAGAGCCUGUGGGGUCAGGGUGACUACAAAGAGGAGAUGGACGAAAUGUUGGCUGAGCAGUUGGCCAUUGAGGCAGCCCCACCAAAAAGCCCUCUGCAGCUCCUGAGGGACAGGAGUGUCCGAUGGCAGCUUAUGUCCAUGUCCAUAAUCUACUGUUGCAACCAGCUGUCGGGCAUGUCUGCUAUCAGUACCUUCUCUUUUGACAUCUUCCUGAAGGCAGGCAUACCGGGAGACAAAAUCCGUUAUGUCACUCUUGGUCUUGGAGUGUCUGAAAUUAUCACCUCCAUCUCUUGUGGACUGCUGAUUGAACAUAUCGGGAGGAAGCCGUUGUUCUGGGGGGGUUAUGCUGUCAUGUCUGCCUGCUGGGUGUUUGUCACAGUCACACUCAGCCUGAAGGAUUCCGCCUAUUGGGUUCCAUACAUCAGCGUUAUUUUGAUCAUCCUCUUCAUCCUCUUCUUCUGCGGGGGACCUGGGGGAGCUACAGCUACUCUCAACAGCGAGCUCUUCAUUCAGUCCAAUCGACUGGCAUCAUUUGUCAUCAUGGGCAUCCAGCGCUGGUUGAUGUUUGCCAUAAUGGGCCUAGUCUUUCCAUUCCUUAUUACUGCCCUGAACUCUUACUGCUUUGUGCUGUUCGCCUGUAUGUGCCUGCUGGGUUUUCUUUUCACCUUCUUCAUCCUGCCUGAGACUAAAGGGAAGACCUUGCUGGAGAUCUCUGAGGAGUUUAAAGCCAUCACUGUUUGUGGGAAAUCCUCCUUAGAAAAGAAGAACAUAGAGACCAAGCUUUAAGGCAGUCCAGAACUAGUUAAUGAAUAAUGAAUGACCAAAAUGAAAAUAUUCAUGCUUUAUGGAGCAUUUUUAUCACCUGCAAAAGAGUUGGUCAAGAAAUACUGUCUAAUAUAGAUGGGGAAUAGUCCAGUGAAUGAAGAAUUGGAGCUAAAUUUCUG